AAAAAAAUUCAUUCAACCAACAUGGCAAAGAAGCCUAGCAUGGGAAGACAAAAGAUCAAGAUCCAGAAAAUAGAGGUGAAGAACCACCUCCAAGUGACCUUCUCGAAGCGCCGAUCAGGGCUCUUCAAGAAGGCGAGCGAGCUCUGCACGCUCUGUGGCGUGGAGAUCGGCAUCAUUGUCUUCUCCCCGGCCGGGAAGGUCUUCUCCUUUGGCCACCCCAACGUGGAGUCCAUCAUCGACCGCUUCCUGGCCCGCAACCCGGUCCCCAACGCCCACGACCCGUUCCAGCUUGUCGAGGCGCAGAGGAACGCCAGCGUGAGGGAGCUGAACCUGCAGCUAGGGCACAUGCUCAACGAGGUGGAGGCCGAGAGGAAGAGAGGGGAGAGCCUGGACGCGAUGAGGAAGGCGAACGAGAGCCACUAUUGGUGGGAGUCGCCGGUGAGUAAGUUAGGGUUGGAGCAGCUGGAGCAGGUGAAGGACGCCAUGGAGGAGCUCAAGAAGAAUGUUAACCAGCAGGCCGCGAACUCGGUUUUCAUGGCGAAUAGGGUUUUUGAGCAGUAUGAGAACAAGCCGAUGCCGGGCCAUGGCUCGAAUAUUAAUAACAUUGCGGCGGCGGCGGCCGCUGCUAACGGCAGCUUUGGAUAUUGCCAUGGAUUUUUCUGA